AUUACUACUACUAUUAGUAGUUGCAAACUUACGUGAAAAAGACUUUCAGUUGUUUUUCACUUAUACUAGAAUCUGUGCACCUCAUAUGUGAAAGGCAUAAUAGCACCAUUAGGUAGAUUAGGAUUGGAUGUUAUCAGUAAAGUGCGGAGUUAUUACACAUAAAGUAACAAAGAAUGGAGUCGGUGCGCUUGUUAUUUAGUUUAGGUUAUAAUACAGACGACAAUUCUGACGAGCUACGACUUGAAGCAAUACUCCAAGCCGGUUUGGCGGAUAGAGCGUAUCGUUUGGUGGUUCAAUGGUUAGCUCAUCAAAUUAGGCAAUAUGGUGAAAUAGAUGAAGACGUAUCAUCGGUAGAUGAUUUGCAGUGCUUUAGUUUUGAAUUAUCUUCAUUCCUGAAGGAGUUGAGCUGUCCCUAUAAGGAUAUGCUGGAGAGACCAUUAUCGGAACGAUUUCGUCAACAAUGUGACGCGCUAAUGCUUGUGGAUUAUUUGGCAGGUGAACUAGCCGCGCAUUUACUGCUCAACAAAAUCAGAAAAGCGAAGGACACGCGUCAGUCCAACGUGUUGCGUUCAGAACCAAAUGCAUCCGAAAAUCUUUUUCGUAUUUUCAAAGUGCUACACAUCGACAAUCCGAAUGCAAGCAAAAACCACAUAUUUGAGAAGAUAAAUGAAAAGUUGGACAACAAUCCAAAUACGAUAAACAGCGAGCUUUUAUUUACUCCUGAGGAAAAUUUAACUAUUGAGCAAUGGAAGCAAGUAGAUGAAUUGAAUGUGGAACUACUGGAGGAUAGGCAUGUGCGACUGAAAAUGAUGUUGACGCGAUUAGACCUGACGGUGUCUUGCUUUAAAUGGAAAAAAGAAUAUGCUGCUGAUGUAGAUCGAAUGUACCGACAGAAAAAACGCAUUCUACUUGGACUAGCGGAAAGUAUGUUUGAUGGCGAUAUUUCCUGUCUACUGGCUGCUGACAAGAGCUUGCUAAUACAAGAAAGGAUCAGUUCAAGCCGCUUAAGAGGUAGCGGGAAAAAUAUGUUCCGUGGGUAUUUAACACUACCUGAACGAGAGGGAAAGGUUAAUAUAAGCUGCGAACCGAUAAUGCCGAUGUGGUCUUCGCGAGAGGAAGGACAUGCGGAUGAAAAUCUUCGGAAAAAACACCCAAAACCGCCCAGCAAAACUAUCCCACCGAGCGCAAAUUCCAAUGCAUCCAGAAAAUCGAAAAAAAUCGAAAGGAACUGUGAUGUUAUCUCGGGUUCUAAGAAUGAUUUGGAGGAAUAAAAUUUAUUAAA